AGACUUGCAGAGACUGACUUUAAUCUCCGUUGUCUUCUUCUAAAAUGGCCACGUAUAUCAUUAGACCAUACUACUGCAUUGCUGGUCUGAAACGUGAACCACUUUUGUUUUUUUCCUUAACACAACACACAUCUUCAGACAACGCUCAAAAAAAUUUGCCCUCUGCUUUCAUUCGGAGUGACUCGCUCUGUUCCGUUCUGUUCUGCUCUGCUCUGCACUGAUUGUUUUCCCUGGAUGCAAAUAUAGACAUGGAUUUUCAUGUUCCACCUCACAAGAUUGCUCGAAUGGCUAACUCUGGAAUCAGAGCAACAAAUUGGGACUUGGAGGCCAAUGGGUGCAAUCGAAUUGCAAAUUCUCCUCAAACUGGGGCAGCACUUGAGCUUGGACGUGGCUCUGAUUAUCAGACACCAGCUGGAAUAAUCCCAAAAUCAUGUGGGUUCACAAUACUUCAAUGGCAGGAGCUAAAGUUGCAAUCACUUAUCUACAACUACAUUGAAGCUGGAUCCCCCGUACCACACCAUCUUCUUGUUCCUAUUUGGAAAAGUGUUGCUAACUCUCUAAACUGUCCCAAUGCAGCCUUGUACCAGCAAUUAUUUGGGUGUAAGAACCUUAAAAAAAAUCUCUAAUUGCUCAUGAAUUCUCUUAUUAGAAGAGAUUUGAUAUGGGUUUAU